ACCACCGUCCACGCUACCCCUCUUUCUCUCUCUGUCUCUCUCUCUCUCUCUCUCUCUCUGUCUAUGGUGUCUUCCCCAAAUUGGUAAAAACGAGUCAAAUUCCAAUUGCAGAAACCUGUCCUGGUCUCUUCAUUUCCUUUCUAUCUCACAGCUUUCGCCAUUCACGAGCGCCAAUAACGUUGAAUUGAAUUGAGAUAUAGAUACAGAUAUCUAUAUCGGUAGAGAUUCGAAAAUCCCUUUCCUCACCACGACUCAUCUAACCCUAUCAAGGCGAUCUUUCGUUUCGAAGGUCGCCAAUCGAGAUGCGUGUCUUCUCCAAGUCCGACUGCAGCCCACCCGCAGUUUUCGUGCUCCGUCUUCUUCUUUUAGCCACCCUUUUUUUGCCGAUCUCCGCUCAGACAGGCUCUGAUCUCCUCCUCAAGCUCCCUUCCGAGCGGCGAGAGAAUGAAAUCUGCCCGCCCAAUUCCCUGGACAUUUGCCCCGUGAAAUGCUUCCGUCCCGAUCCAGUUUGCGGCGUGGACGGCGUGACCUAUUGGUGCGGCUGCGCCGAGGCUCAUUGCGCCGGCGCGCGUGUCAAGAAACUCGGCUUUUGUGAGGUCGGCAACGGCGGCUCGGCUGGCCCUGCGGGGCAAGCCCUUCUGUUGCUCCACAUUAUUUGGCUGGUGUUGCUUGGAGUCUUUGUAUUGUUUGGACUUCUUUGAUCAGAUCGGAUCUGACGUUAUGACAAUUGCAGGGCCGGGGGACCGUAGUGCAAGCACGCAAUUUUGCAGUCAUGAAAGGUGUCAAUGCCGGCGUUUCGUGCAUCAUGAGAAGAAUAAGAGGCAAAGAGGACAUUCAGUCUAGGUAGAGAGCAUACAUAUAUAUAUAUAUACAUAUCACACUCCUCUCCUCUCCUACAAUUCCUGUGUUUACCUUUUAAGUGUUUCAUCUCUUGCUCCAAACACUCUUUCAUAUAUUCUGCUGAGAAUUCAAUGAAUUUGCAUUUCAUCCGACAGAACCAUGAUUGGAUUGCAAUUUGCAAUAGUGGAGAGUCUUAAUGCAGUAUUAGUUAAAUAAGUCAUGAUUCAUGACCAUAUAUAUAUAUAUAUAUAUAUAUAUAUAUACUUCUUGGUUCCAAUAUGUUAUCUGAAGGUUGUCUUGUCUUGAUAACAUUGAUUGAUAUAACAUCACUUGAAGAAGUUCACCAUGUCAAACCACUUUAUGAUUCCACACAUGUAGUGUCAUGUGCUACCAUGAAUGCAUGUAUAUUAGUAAAUGUAUGCUAUCAUCAUCAUCGUCAUCCUAUGUUUGUUUG